CUUUUCUUCCCUUUUAUUACCGAACACUAGCGAGGCACUGACGGCGUGCGGAGAGGACUUACUGAGACGUGCGGAUUUACGUUAAACUCGCCCGAUGGCCGGUUCUAAGUUGACAUGGAGUAAUAUGGGAUUUAGAAAGCUGUAGAAUUUGAAAUGAUUUUUCUACCGUUUAGUAGGAAUUUGAUUAAAUCUUGCGUAAAUCCUGCUACCAAACAGGCAGGAAGGCCAGAUCGCUUAUUCUGGCAAAGCGCCGCUGUGGAAUUCGAAGCUUAUUUGCCGGCGAAGAUGGCUUUUUGGAAUGCCAAGCCGUUCUAGGCUUCUAUCUGAUUCUCUUCUAUCUGCAAUGGCUGCCCUAAAACUAAGCAGAGGCAUCCCCACUAUUCCGAAAUGCACACCUGUCUUCUCGUCCUUUUUGACGUCUGAAAGAAAUCUCCAACCGCAGCCUCCGCCACCACUCAUUGGAGAAGCAGCAGUGGCGUCACAAACCGAAGAAGAGAGGGGAAGAUGGUCCAAGCUACUGCUCUUUAUUCCCGGGGCUAUCAGUUUUGGCCUUGGAACCUGGCAGAUUUUCCGUAGGCAAGAGAAGAUUAAAAUGUUGGAUUAUAGGAAAAAAAGACUGGACAUGGAACCCAUUAGGUGGAAUGAGAUAGGCUCUUUGGGGCAUAAUAUGGACUCUUUGGAAUUCAGAAAGGUCAUUUGUGAGGGCAUGUAUGAUGAGGGAAAGAGCUUAUUUGUUGGUCCUAGAUCAAGAAGCAUCUCUGGAGUGACUGAGAAUGGUUAUUAUGUUAUCUCUCCUUUCAUUCCAAAGGCAGGAGAUUCUGACAGUGUGCAGCGACCUAUCCUUGUUAAUAGAGGGUGGGUACCUCGAAGUUGGCGCAAUAGGUCUCUAAAAGAUUCACGGCCCUCUAAGAAGCCUUCAGAUUCCAAAACAACGGAUCUCCAAGUGAAUGGCGGCAGUAUUUGGUGGAAAUUUUGGUCCCGAAAACCCAAGCUCUCCAAGGAUACAGAGCAUACUGAAAUCCCCGUAAAGGUUGCUGGGGUUGUUCGUGGAAGUGAAAAACCGAGUAUUUUUGUCCCUGAAAAUGAUCCUAAGAGUGGUCAGUGGUUUUAUGUGGAUAUUCCCAUGAUUGCUCAGGCUUGUGGUCUUCCAGAUGAUACUUUAUAUAUAGAAGAUAUAAAUGAAAAUGCCUCCGCAACUGAUCCUUAUCCUGUGCCAAAAGAUGUCAAUACCUUGAUCCGUUACUCGGUCAUGCCACAGGAUCAUCUAAACUAUACGUUAACUUGGUACUCCCUUUCUGCUGCAGUAACUUUUAUGGCUUUCAAGCGAAUUAGACCAAAAAGGGUUCAAAGAUAGCAGAAUUUACCACUGGAAAUGCUUGAUUUCAUAAUUUUGAAAUUUCAUUCGUGUUUAGGAAUUGAUUUAAAACUUCCAUUUGUCAAAAAGUUGAGAAUAAAUAUGGAGGGCCUCAGGACAGCCAAAAGUUGGCCAGUUACUGUAUAAUUGUUUGCUGUAUUUAUUAUGAAAUUUCAUAUAUGCUAAUUGUGAGCUGAUUUUGUUCA